AGUUACACUCAUUUCCCCCUUCGCUGCUGGACACUGGGCGCGUGUCUCAGUUGUUCUUGGCGCCAGCCCUCCAUCUACUCCACGCUGCUGCUGUGGUUUUCGCACGACCAGUGAUCACCCAGGCAGCCGAGUCUGAGGGCUGAGUGCUGCUCGGCCCCUAGAACCAUCGGUGACUUUUUCCAAACCCAGGAAUAGGGUGAAAGGCGAUCCUCACUGUAUGGAAGCGAAAACACCUCUCUCCGGAAUUACUCUCAAUCCCGUUCCUACAGAAUAAGUGUCUUUUCCCACCCCUUCCCGCCCGCCAAAGGAGUGGGCAGCCCCAGUCCUGGGUUGCACCUCCGCCCUCAGACUCCUCUCGGUCCGCGUUCCGCGGGACUCAGCCUUCAGAAAGGCCAACCUCAAGUCCGCCACUAUCCCAAGAUUCCCGACUCCCGGUUUCCUGCCCUUCUACCCUCCCAGCUCCCGGCGCCUCAGGAGCGGCAAGAUGGCGGACGGCGACGGCUUGGGUGAAACAGCGGCUGCUGCGGGACCUCCAGCACCUGCUCCCGGCCUGAGCCCGCCACAGGGCUGGAGGGAGCGGCUGCGGGCCGGGCUGGCGGGGACUGGGGCCUCGCUGUGGUUCGUGGCCGGGCUGGGGCUGCUUUACGCUCUGAGGGUCCCGCUGAGGCUUUGUGAAAAUUUGGCCGCGGUGACAGUAUUUUUAAAUUCAUUGACUCCCAAAUUCUAUGUGGCACUUACAGGGACAUCAUCUUUGAUAUCAGGACUAAUAUUUAUAUUUGAAUGGUGGUAUUUCCAUAAACAUGGCACAUCUUUUAUUGAGCAAGUGUCUGUAAGCCAUCUCCGACCACUGAUGGGGGGAACAGAAAGCAGCAUUUCAGAGCCAGGUUCUCCCUCCAGCAACAGAGAAAGUGAAGCCAGCAGACAGAAUUUGUCAGAAUGCAAGGUAUGGAGAAACCCUUUAAAUCUUUUCAGAGGAGCAGAAUAUAGGAGAUACACUUGGGUGACGGGUAAAGAGCCACUUACAUACUAUGACAUGAAUUUGUCAGCUCAGGAUCAUCAGACCUUUUUCACUUGUGACACAGACUUUUUACGUCCUUCAGACACAGUUAUGCAGAAGGCAUGGAAAGAAAGAAAUCCUCCAGCUCGAAUCAAAGCAGCCUAUCAAGCUUUAGAAUUAAACAAUGACUGUGCUACUGCAUAUGUUCUGCUGGCUGAGGAAGAAGCAACAACCAUUGUAGAUGCUGAAAGGCUAUUUAAACAGGCACUCAAGGCUGGAGAAACAAUUUAUAGACGGUCACAGCAGUGCCAGCACCAAAGUCCUCAGCAUGAAGCUCAACUAAGGAGAGAUACCAAUGUACUGGUAUAUGUUAAAAGAAGAUUGGCAAUGUGUGCAAGGAAAUUAGGAAGAAUACGAGAAGCAGUAAAAAUAAUGAGAGAUUUGUUGAAAGAAUUUCCUCCUCUUAGCAUGUUGAACAUCCAUGAAAAUCUCCUAGAAUCACUUUUAGAAUUACAGGCCUAUGCAGAUGUACAGGCAGUCCUGGCAAAAUAUGAUGAUAUAAGUCUUCCAAAGUCAGCAGCAAUCUGUUACACAGCAGCACUACUGAAGACAAGGACUGUUUCAGAUAAAUUUUCUCCAGAAACAGCCUCCAGAAGAGGGUUAAGCACAGCAGAAAUUAAUGCUGUGGAAGCAAUUCAUAGAGCUGUGGAAUUUAAUCCUCAUGUUCCAAAAUACUUACUAGAGAUGAAAAGUCUAAUCUUGCCUCCAGAACAUAUUCUGAAACGGGGUGAUAGUGAAGCAAUUGCCUAUGCUUUCUUUCAUCUUCAGCAUUGGAAGCGAAUAGAGGGUGCUCUUAACCUGUUACAGUGUACAUGGGAAGGCACUUUCAGAAUGAUUCCAUACCCAUUAGAGAAAGGCCAUCUAUUUUACCCUUACCCCAGCUGCACAGAGACGGCUGAUAGAGAACUGUUACCUACUUUUCAUCAUGUUUCUGUUUACCCAAAGAAGGAGCUUCCUUUUUUCAUCCACUUCACAGCAGGGUUGUGUUCUUCGACAGCAAUGAUAGCCCUGCUCACACACCAGUUUCCUGAAAUCAUGGGUGUUUUAGCUAAAGCUGUAAGUAUGAUCUCAAGGACUUGUAUAGAGUAUUUGUAAAACACACAAGAAACCAUCUCUGAGCUGUUAGUAGUGCUAAGGCAGUUGAGCAGUGGAAGAUACUUGUUACAGUAAAUUACAGGAGUUGAUUUGUAAAGUUGCUACCAUAAAUAUGUCGAACAUAA